GCUCGCUGGCACUGCUGACAGGCUCGCUGGCACUACUUUGGCUGGAACAACAUGCUGGAGUGGACUUGCUACGUCUGCGCGCUGCUGUUGGUUUGGGACUUCGACCAGUGCUCCCGGGCCACCGGCAUCCGACUGGUUUGGCAGUGGAAGGUCGGAGCUGUUGCGGUGUUCCUCGCCUGGAUGAACUUGCUGCUCUUCAUCCGCAAGUUCCCCGUGUUUGGCAUCUACGUCGUCAUGUUCACCGACGUUCUCUCGACGUUCACCAAGUUCUUCCUCGUCUUCUUCUUAUUCAUCACGGCAUUUGCCAUAACCUUCUUCGUUCUUUUGCAGAAUCAGGUGGCAUUUUCAACGGUGGGGAAGUCCUUACUAAAGACUUCCGUGAUGAUGAUUGGAGAGAUGGAUUAUGGGUCUAUCUUCGACGGCGAGGAAAGCGUGCACUUUCCUGGUGUCACCUACACUUUAUUCGUCGCGUUCUUAAUCCUGAUGUCCAUCAUCAUCAUGAACUUGUUGGUGGGUCUAGCUGUGGACGACAUCAAGUCUGUGCAGGACCAGGCCUCGCUGAAGCGGCUGGCGAUGACGGUGCAGCUGGUGCUGGACGUGGAGUCGAUCGUGCCCGACUUUAUCCUGCGCAAGCUGACCAUGCGCAACAUGACGGUGUAUCCCAACCAACGUAGAAAAAACUUCAUCGCCAAGCUGUGGCGCGGCGACUUCGCCAUGAAAGAGGUGGCCGAGAAGCUGAUCCAGGACGCGGAAAAGGUGGGCGCCGACCAGGCGCAGGAGACGACCAUCGCCCAGCUGCGCGGCGUCAAGCAGGAGGUGCGGCUGAUGGCGACGCAGCUGCAGACGGUGCGCGCCAUGACGGAGGCGCUCAUCAGGAAGAGCGGCAUCGAUUGGGAAGCCGAGGACCAGUACCAUUUCGACUGAGCGGGCCCCACGUCGGCUGGGGCCACACGCCAUGCGUGCAGGUGCCCGACGCUGGUGGGAACCGGCUGAGCCGUGUCUCCGACCGACUAUUUUACUGCCGCGAUGAUUAAUUGGUAGCUUUGUGAGACUGCGUUGAAGGCGAAUAUUUUGCAUAGCACAAGCCAUGUUUGUUCAAUCUCUUUUAACUAUGGGUUUACCUCAGUGUACAUGGGGGAAUUUUACAACAUUGCGCACACGAGGUCCGAUUGAAACCAUGAGCCGUAUGUGCGAAGCAUUUGUUUGCGAAGCAUUGUUAUUGGAUUGUUAAGAUGAAUGGGACGUCGAUAGGGUGAUGUUGGAUUGUAACCGCUGCACAUGUUACAGAGUUUGGUUCGAACUUCCGCCAGACAACGGUAGAUGAGGCACGCAGUAGCCAUUGGCUGGCGUUAGUUCGGCCGUUCACCUGUUGCUUUUGCUCGUGGUGAUGGUGAAGCGAGACGCCAAAUGUUCUUGAACUGAACUUGCCGCAGCCAAUGCCCAAGAUUAGAACGCUUUUGUCUCACGUUUUGAUGGAAAUUUAGUUGACAAUUAUGAAAGGGAAUGUUCCGCGUUUCAAGAUACUGGGGCAAGCGGCAUAUCUGAUGAAAUAAGCUCACCUAUAACUAUUGGUAUAUUUUAAGCGGAAAAGGCCGCUCUAGAUAACACAAUUUCUCUGUUUGGUAAAUGAGCUAGUCAUUGCGUCAUUGUUUGAUUACGCCAUGGAACGUUUAAUUUCCCGAGAGGUCGCACGCGGCGGUCCUGGAUUUGUGCUGAACCGAAUGGCGUUGGGUGUUCGUCUGUACGUACGUGUAUAAUACUUCCUUUAAAGGGAGUGUUCCACAUUUGUGCGGCGUUUGAACUGAGAUAGCCAUCUUGCAGAUCAGCUCAUGCAGUUUACAGCCCUGCCCUUCUAAAGGCCUUAAACCUCUAGCUUCUGACCUAAAUGCCCGCGAAGAUGUGCGGGCUUUUUUGGAGUUUUUUCAAGAUCACCCAGGCAUCCAUGACGCUAUAAUUACGUCAUUGAAGUUCCACUUCACUGGUCAUGCGGCAAUUAAAGCCAAUAAAAAUCAAGUUGUCGAGUCGUUCAUGUUGUCAUUCGUGAACACGAUUUGCAGAUAUGUUGACCCUGAAUUGGCUCAUAAUCGAUGUUGUGCAAGGCACGACGACGUAAUCAAACAUUGACGUAUUGAGGAUCAUACUGACUAAACAGAGAAACCGUGUCGUCUAGGGCAGUCUUUUCCACUCAAAAGUGUACCAAUGCUUAUGUGAGCUUAUUUAAUGAUGUCUUCAAAUGCAGAACAUUCCCUUUUAAGCAGGAGAAGUGUGACAACCGCAUGCUAGUGUCUUCGUGGCCAAUGUAAAGCGUGCCCGCUAGAUCGUAUUGUUUCGCAUGGAACUGUGAUUGUCCCCCAGUGACACACGCAGCCAGUCGCCGGGCGUUCAGCGGUAAUGUCAGUGACGACGCGUGCUGUGCCUCAAGUAUCAGCGAGUUGUGCAAAAACAGCAAAAAAAACAAAAACGGGUUGCCUUGCAGUGUGCCACAUUUGUACGCGUACAAACCACCUUGUUUCAUUGUAAAGCUACAAGUUUUAUUAAGCGAUAUCGCCAAGUGAACCGGACUAUCCUGGUUCUGUCAUGUGUGCCAUGUACACGUGCACAUACGGAUCUCGUCUGUUUGACAUUGCAGAUGUGCUGUGC